AACUAGUGACGAAAAAGAGGCGGGACGGCAAGGAGCAUGGCGGCUGGGAGGAUUGGAGGAUCGGGCUUGGUAUUAUCUCGACCGGUGACCUUCGUCACCGGCAAUCCCAAGAAGCUCGAAGAAGUUAAAGCCAUCUUGGGGCAAUCUAUCCCUUUUCAAUCGAUCAAACUCGACUUGCCGGAACUGCAAGGUGAACCCGAUGACAUUUCUAGAGAAAAAGCUCGAUUAGCUGCCAAGCAGGUGGACGGCCCUGUUCUUGUGGAGGACACAUGCCUAUGUUUCAAUGCCCUUAAGGGUCUACCAGGGCCUUACAUAAAAUGGUUUUUGGAGAAGACUGGUCAUGAAGGUCUAAACAAUUUGCUAAUGGCAUAUGAGGAUAAAUCAGCCUAUGCUAUGUGUAUAUUUUCCCUUGCUCUUGGGCCUGCAUCUGAGCCUUUAACUUUUGUUGGAAAGACUUUGGGAAAGAUUGUUCCUGCAAGGGGACCCAAUGAUUUUGGAUGGGAUCCAAUUUUUCAACCUGAUGGUUAUGAGCUAACUUAUGCGGAAAUGCCAAAAGAGGAGAAGAACAAGAUAUCUCACAGAUCAAGAGCUCUUGCAUUGUUCAGAUCCCACAUUGUUGAGGCUGGGUAUAGAUUUGAGAUAAACCCAUCUCCUCCUAACUGAAACACGAGCUUUCUUGCUUGCUUUUAAUGUGUAGUUCAUUUUCACUUCUCUGCCAGAGGCAGAAAAGGUAGUCAAAAACAGAUAUUUUGGUAAAUUUUACUCUGUUUAACUGAUCAAUCAACAUAGACAUUAUUAUUGUUGAUUUUCUUAAGACUAUGAUUUUGUUACACCUCUCAUACUAUGCAAUGCACAAAUUUGAUGUUUUUUUG